GCGCAUAUAGUGAAUGCAGGGUCCUGGGAGAGCGCAUUUAGUGAAUGCAGGGUCCAGGGAGAGCGGAUAUAGUGAAUGCAGGGUCCGGGGAGAGUGGAUAUAGUGAAUGCAAGGUUCAGGGAGACUGGAUAUAGUGAAUGCAGGGUCCUGGGAAAGUGGAUAUAGUGAAUGCGGGGUCCAGGGAGAGCGGAUAUAGUGAAUGCAGGGAUCCGGGGAGAGAGGAUAUAGUGAAUGCUGGGUCCGGGGAGAGGAGACCAGAUAUAGUGAAUGCAGGGUCCGGGGAGAGCGGAUAUAGUGAAUGCAGGGUCCAGGGAGAUCGGAUAUAGUGAAUGCAGGGUCCGGGGAGA